AUUCUGGCACCAGUUCUCAUGUGGAUGGAAAAAGUGCAGGAAGAUUUGGAGGCACAUGGAAGUGACUGUGACCCACGACGGGAGCCUUGACAACCAGCCAAUUCAGAACACAGACCUUGACAUCAGAAGGCCCCGAGUUCAAAUCCUGCCUUGCUCCCUUUCAGCUGGAAAGCUUUGGUCAAUUUACUUAGCCUCUCCAAGCCGGUUUUCCCUUCUGCGAAAUGAGGAUACACAAGCUGCCACCUCACAGAAUGACUCUCACCCACGCCUCUCCAAGCCUCCCGACAGAAGACAGAGGUCCCCCACAGCCCAGAGACAUUUCCUGAAGACAUGGGGAGCGCAGAGGCAGAAGCAGCCCAUCCACCCAGGAGCUGUCCCCUACGCUGCCGGGAGCCAGCACCCAGAGCCGCCAGGUAAAACUGAGGCCACCUGGUUCAACAUUGCCUUUCACAGAAGGGGAAACAACCACAGAAAGAAGGGCCUGGUAAGAAGUGGAACCUGGGACCCGCAAGCGGUGUCUCUCAUCCUGAUGGGGAUCCAGAGGAGGAGGGAGCCUUUGGUGGGACACAAAGGAACAGAAUGAGGCACCAACAGCAAGGGACAAGCAGAUUCAAGGGCCACAGAGGAGAUGGAGGCAAACACCUUCCCCUGGUCAGAGGCUGCACCUCAGCCCUUCUCCCUGCAACAGUUUCUCCUUCAGAAGCAUGGGACUACCUCCCAUCUAGUUCUCGUUUCUAAAGCCAGGGGAGAUGCUAUCUUUGCUGCAAUAAUCUUAGCCUGCAUCUUGGAAUGGAAAUGGCCUUGGUGGAAAUGGUCUUCAACUCCCCUGGUCCAAGCUCAGGCCCUGUGACCCUGGAACAAUCCCCUUCCUGGUCCUCCAUGUAGAAGCAAUAACAUUCCCUUGCCGGCGGCACCAGCCGUUCUGAUGGUUAAAUGGUAUCGGACACUGUUUUCCAAACUCAGUCAUUCAGAUGCCCCCUAUUUUAUUUCUUCCAUGUCUGUAAACGAUUAUAAUAUUUUUAAAUGUAA